UUGCAAUUCAUGGCAUGGAGGAGUCCGCGGGCAGUUGCAGUCCGCAGAUCUGUGUAAGGUUCGGUGGAUGAGCUGCUUAUCAUGGUCUGAACCUUGUCUGUCAUUCAGCCGAAGCCUCGUCUAGCUGCUCGACUGUUGCCCUGCUGGGUUUUUUUCCCCCUUCUCGGUGAAAUCGAACACAACAUUAGCGUCUUUCUCUCUGCUUUGGAAAGCAGAUUCAGGCUGACUGGCCUGCGUGUUCUGCACUUUAAAGAGAAAAGAAACAUUUCGCUCAAACUGCAGCGUUUCUGAUGCCUUCAAGUUUGAGCGAGAGGGACAACCCCUGAACCCCGUUUUUUACACGAGGGACAGACACACAGACAUCUCCGUCAUCUUCCACUUCAUGAAAAGGACGCGUCUCGGUAAAAGGUAAUCGGAGACCUGACGGGGACCAUGGCAGCCACAUUAUCGGCGGAGGAAGAACAGGCUACCAGGCAGUUUCUGGAGGAAAUCAACAAGUGGACCAGUCAGCAUGGAGUGUCACCGCUGUCCAGGGAGUUGGCCGUCAAGUUCCUCAUGGCUCGCAAGUUUGAUGUCCUCCGAGCCAUCGAGCUAUUCCACAGCUAUAGGGAAACGCGUCUUAAAGAAGGAAUUGUCAGACUUCAGCCUCAGGAGGAACCUCUGCGCUCAGAGCUGCUCAGUGGAAAGUUUACUGUGUUGAGUGUUAGGGACCCUUCGGGCGCCUCCAUCGCCUUGUACACAGCCAAACUUCAUCACCCCCACAAGACAGGCAACCACGUGGUGCUUCAGGCCCUCUUCUACCUCCUGGAUCGGGCUGUGGAAAGCCUUGAGACCCAGAGAAAUGGCUUGGUGUUCAUUUAUGACAUGGCAGGCUCCAACUACACAAAUUUUGAGCUGGACCUGAGCAAGAAGAUCCUAAACUUGCUCAAGGGGGCGUUCCCGGCCAGACUGAAGAAGGUGCUGAUUGUCGGGGCCCCAGUUUGGUUUCGAGUGCCCUACAAUCUGCUCAGCCUGCUUCUCAAAGAGAAACUUCGGGAGAGAGUUCAGAUGGUAAAAAUGGCUGAGCUAUGUCAGCACCUCCCCAGAGACUGUCUCCCUCAGCAUCUUGGCGGCUUGCUGCCUCUUGAUUCGUACAGCUGGAACCAGCAGCUACUGGUGGGCCAGAACGGCAGAGUAGACCCCGUGGACGAGCUGGUGGGCAUCCCCUUGGAUGAUACUUCCAUACACAUGCCCGGACCUGAAUCUAUGCGGCCGCAGGAGCUGCUGAUGCACCUCGGCAGGCUUCAGCGCUCAGGUGUCCAUCAGGAGUACGAGGAGCUCCGCAAAGAACCGCCACCUGGAACCUUCCACUGUGCACAGGCAGCCUACAAUCAGGAGAGGAAUCGCUAUGGAGACGUGCUGUGCCUUGAUCAAACAAGAGUGCGUUUGAAACCGAGAAGGAAUGAGAGAUCAGAUUACAUCAAUGCGAGCUUCAUGGAUGGCUACAAACAGAAGAAUGCAUACAUUGGUACUCAAGGACCACUGGAAAGGACCUAUGGUGAUUUCUGGAGAAUGGUCUGGGAACAAAAUGUGCUUGUUAUCGUAAUGACAACCAGGACAGACGAGGGCGGUCGGAGGAAAUGUGGCCAGUAUUGGCCUCUGGAGGAAGGGGGGCAGGAGGUCUAUGGCCAUAUGGCAGUGGUGAACCAAAGGGUGGACCACCAUACCCACUACAACCACACCAUCCUCGAACUGCACAACACUGAGACAUGUGAACAAAGACAAGUGAGUCAUUUCCAGUACCUCAGCUGGCCUGACUAUGGUGUUCCCACCUCAGCUGUGACUCUUAUUGACUUCCUGGUAGCUGUGAAGAGACAACAGAGGAAAAUGGUGAAGGCUUUGGGACUUCAGUGGACAGGCCACCCACUAGGACCCCCGAUGGUGGUUCACUGCAGCGCAGGGAUUGGGAGAACAGGUACCUUCUGUGCCCUGGACAUCUGUUUGUCCCAGCUACAGGACGUAGGCUCGCUAAAUGUGUGCCAGACUGUGCGACGCAUGAGAACCCAGAGGGCCUUCAGCAUUCAAACCCCAGACCAGUAUUACUUCUGUUACAAUGCCAUUUUGGAGCAUGCCCAAAGGCAGGGCCUGCUCCCAGCCAAUCAGUGAGCUUCAUCCCCGACUUCCCAAGCCAGUUCAGUCCAGAUUUCUACAGUCACUCUGUUAACUCCAAGCAGUGUUGUGUGACCAAUUAAUGAAACCAAGAAAAUAACGUCAUUGCUGAAACUGUCUUUUGAAACUAGACCAUUCUUUACUGGCAGUGACAAUAAAACACUUGUUGUGGACAUGAUGAAAUUUCAGUGUGAUAACAUUCUGGCUGCAACAACAUGACAUUUUGUUUUUGGAGAACAUAUCUCAGAAAA